AUGUUAAGGAGAUCUCUUUACCUAUCCAGGUUUAUCAGAUGGCAGUCUAACUCUGCAGAAAUUCCAUCAGGCGUGCCUCCAUUUGCACAACGUUCACCAUUGACUAAGGAAAAUGCUAGCGAAAAACCAUUGCCUAUUAACGUAGAAGCUGUUUACCAUGCUCCAUUAAAGAUUCCAAUUCAAUACGGUGAUCUAGUCGCAGAUUUACAACUGCGCUCCUAUGAUCAUGAAAGUUUAGACUUCUUUGCAGAUUUUAUCAUGAGAACUGGAUUUUACUUGGGGAUGCCAUUGACUGGUCCUAAACCAUUCCCAACGAGAAGAGAACGUUGGACCGUUAUUAGGUCACCAUUCGUACACGCAAAAUCCAAGGAAAAUUUCGAAAGACACACCCAUAAGAGACUAAUUCGUGUUUGGGACAGUAAUCCUGAAGUUGUACAGAUGUGGUUAUCAUAUAUUACCAAACACUCAGUAGCGGGCGUCGGUGCCAAGUGUAACGUUUACCAACGUGCUGGGUUAUCAUUGGACAUGGAUAAUGCAGCUAGCGAACUACAGCAAUCACCAGUCGGUGAAAGUCAUAAUAUGGAUGAGGCCGUUGGUGAAAAAGUGUUGGAACUAUUGAACAGCGAUGAAUUCAAGAAACAUCUAUAA